AGGAGAAGGAGCAGGAGAGACUCCGAGGAGUUGAACGCCACUCGCAUCUGCAGAAACUUGGCGACAUCUCUGAGGAGCCCUUGCUUCUGCCUGGACCCCCAGCAUCAUGGUUUCCCAUUACCCAGGGUCUCUCAGUGUCCUGGGUUCCCUCCUGCUGCUUGGAUUCCAGCUCGUCUGCCCACAGGCCUCCACUGAACACAGGAAGGUCCCGCAGCGGACGGCGGCCCAGGGCGCCCCCGAGGACGGCGGCGGCGGCGCCCCGGGCGUGUGGGGCGCCUGGGGCCCCUGGUCGGCCUGCUCGCGCAGCUGCAGCGGCGGCGUGAUGGAGCAGACGCGGCCCUGCCUGCCCGGCUCCUACCGCGCGCGCGCGGCCGAGGCCGGCCCGCGCGCGCCUUCGCGGGCCGUGGUGUCGGCCGUGCGCACGUCCGUGCCGCUGCACCGGAGCCGCGACGAGCCGCGCGCCGGCGCCCGGCAGCCGCCAGCCGCGCCGCGCUGGCGAGCCCGGCACCCGCAGCCCCGGAGCCGCGAAGCCGCCGCGGACAGAAGGAGCAGGACCCGAGGUCCCAUCGGCCCCGGCAAGUACGGCUAUGGUAAGGCCCCGUACAUCUUGCCACUGCAGACGGACACCGGACACGCGCCACAGAGGCUUCGCAGACAGAAGCCCUCGUCGCGGCAUUCCGGGUCCCAAGGGGAGUCUGCUCCUAGGCAUGGCUACAGCCCACCAGCCCACCGGGUCCCCCAGCAUGGGCCUCUGUACCAAAGUGACAGCGGCGCCCGUUCUGGACUGCAGGCCUCCGAGGCCUCCGUCUACCAGCUGCCUCUGACCCAUGACCAAGGCUUCCCUGCAGCUUCAAGUCUCUUCCACAGCCCGGAAACAAGCAGCAACCAUGGUGUGGGGGCCCGCAGGGCAGCUCAGAGCUUCUCCCAGCCUCCCCGAUCUGCGGCAAUCUCGUGCAUUGGAGCCUAUCGGCAGUACAAGCUGUGCAACACCAACGUAUGUCCAGAAAGCAGUAGAAGUAUCCGGGAGGUUCAGUGUGCAUCCUACAACAACAAGCCGUUCAUGGGCCGGUUUUAUGAGUGGGAACCAUUUGCAGAAGUCAAGGGCAAUCGCAAGUGUGAGCUGAACUGCCAGGCGAUGGGCUACCGCUUCUACGUGCGGCAGGCUGAGAAGGUCAUCGACGGCACCCCCUGCGACCAGAACGGCACGGCCAUCUGUGUGUCGGGGCAGUGCAAGAGCAUUGGCUGUGACGACUACCUAGGCUCCGACAAAGUCGUGGACAAAUGCGGGGUGUGUGGAGGUGACAACACUGGCUGUCAGGUCGUGUCGGGCGUGUUUAAGCAUGCCCUCACCAGCCUGGGCUACCACCGUGUUGUGGAGAUUCCCCAAGGAGCCACAAAAAUCAACAUCACUGAGAUGUACAAGAGCAACAACUAUUUGGCCUUGCGGAGUCGUUCCGGCCGCUCCAUCAUCAAUGGGAACUGGGCCAUCGACCGUCCUGGAAAAUACGAGGGCGGAGGGACGAUGUUCACCUACAAGCGUCCAAAUGAGAUUUCAAGCACUGCCGGAGAGUCCUUUCUGGCCGAAGGUCCCACCAAUGAGAUCUUGGAUGUCUAUAUGAUACACCAGCAGCCCAACCCGGGGGUCCACUACGAGUACGUCAUCAUGGGGAACAACGCCAUCAGCCCACAGGUGCCGCCUCGCAGGAGACCAGGGGAACCCUUCAAUGGCCAGCUGGGAGCAGAGGGGAGGGGCCCAGAAGAGAGAGAAGAGAAAGAGAGGCACGAGGAGAAGGAGGACUUGCGUGGGAAGGCUCCGGAAAUAUUCACCCCUGAGGCGGCGCAGACCUUCUCGGUCAGGCACCCAGACAGGCUGUCUCCCCACCGACCGGACAACUUGGUGCCACCAGCGCCACACGCACCACGGCGAAGCCGGGACCACAACUGGAAGCAGCUGGGAACAACAGAGUGCUCAACAACCUGUGGGAAAGGGGCGCAGUACCCCGUCUUCCGCUGCGUGCACAGACACACCCACGAGGAGGCCCCGGAGAGCUACUGUGACUCCAGCAUGAAGCCGACGCCCGAGGAGGAGCCCUGCAACAUCUUCCCCUGCCCGGCCUUCUGGGACAUUGGGGAGUGGUCCGAGUGCAGCAAGACCUGCGGUCUGGGCAUGCAGCACCGGCAGGUUCUGUGCCGCCAGGUGUAUGCCAACCGCAGCCUGACGGUGCAGCCCUACCGCUGCCAGCACCUGGAGAAGCCCGAGACCACCAGCACCUGCCAGCUGAAGAUCUGCAGCGAGUGGCAGAUCCGGACGGACUGGACCUCGUGCUCGGUGCCGUGCGGCGUGGGACAGAGAACCCGGGACGUGAAGUGCGUGAGCAACAUCGGGGACGUGGUUGACGACGAGGAAUGCAACAUGAAGCUGCGGCCCAACGACAUUGAGAACUGCGACAUGGGCCCCUGCGCCAAGAGCUGGUUCCUCACCGCGUGGAGCGAAAGGUGCUCCACGGAGUGCGGCGCGGGAGUGCGCACGCGCGCGGUCGUGUGCAUGACCAACCACGUCAGCAGCCUGCCCCUGGAGGGCUGUGGGAACAACCGGCCGGCCGAGGCCACCCCGUGUGACAACGGGCCCUGCGCGGGCAAGGUGGAGUGGUUUGCUGGGAGCUGGAGUCAGUGUUCCAUGGAGUGUGGGAGUGGGACGCAACAGAGGGAGGUGAUUUGUGUCAAGAAGAACGCAGACACCUUUGAAGUGCUAGACCCCUAUGAAUGCUCUUUCCUGGAGAGGCCGCCCAGCCAGCAAUCCUGCCACCUCAAGCCCUGCGGAGCCAAAUGGUUUCACACAGAAUGGAGCAUGUGCUCCAAGAGCUGCCAGGGCGGCUUCCGGGUUCGGGAGGUGCGGUGUCUGUCUGAUGACAUGACCCUAAGUAAUCUCUGUGACCUUCAGUUGAAACCAGAAGAGAGAGAAUCGUGUAACCCUCAGGACUGUGUCCCUGAAGUCGACGAAAACUGCAAGGACAAGUACUACAACUGCAACGUGGUGGUCCAGGCACGGCUCUGUGUGUACAACUACUACAAGACAGCCUGCUGCGCCUCCUGCACGCGUGUGGCCAACAGGCACGGGGGCUUCCUGGGGAGCAGAUAACAGCCCGGCCGCCAGAGGGAAAGCGCCACGUGUGCCUGGCCGGCUGCCGCUCCGCCAGGGCUCCUGGCCCCGGCCGCUGCCAGCCAACUUAGUCACCGCCCCCGCCUUUGGUGAGGUGUGUGUACCACGUGCUACCGAGGAGCUUUGUGCACAGGAUGUUUGAAAGCCGUCGUUGGUUCUUCAAGCAUUGCCAUGUACUCAUGACCCCUCCUUGAGACCUGGCGCCUGCUAACGGUGCUCUCUGCAAACCAGCCGUGGAAAGUGCGCGUGGCUCUUGGCCCAACCCCGUCCCAGCACUUUCCCAGUCAGCAGAUGGGCCACUGCAGAGACUGCCUCUAGUCUCUGGUGCUACCGGGUUUUCCAAAAUGAGCACUCUUUGGAGAGUCAGAGGAGGCAGUGGCCCCGCCCCAAAGCACCACUAAGCCUUGCUGAGACACGUGUGUCCCUCUGUUACCUCAGCCUGGCUGUGCCUAUUGUCAUUCUCCAAACAUUAGAGUGCUGUCCUGCCUUAUGACACAGAUAUCUCAUGUAAACUUAGUACUUUAUUGUUUAGCAGGUGUAUUCACAGCUAUUAGCUCAUUAGCAGCUCACAACGUCCCAGAAUGGGCGGCAGAGGGUGAAUCUUAUCCCCAUUUUACUGACCAGGAAACUGAGGCUCAACUUAGGUAACUGACCUACCAGGAACACUCACCCAUUCAAGGGCAAAGCCGUGUCCGUAACCCCGUCAUCCGACACAUAACCUUCACCUCUGCCAGUACCCAGCCGGGGCUUGUCCAGAGCCGCAAGUGUGGAGCCUGCGGCUUCGUUUCCGACCGGGAGGCUGAGCAGGCUCCCAGAAUGCAGGCAGAGCCCGCACGCCUUCGAGCUCUUUCCUCCAGCCAAGUCAGGUCUUUACCCCCAGCACUUAGUUGUCUCAGAUUCUGUUUCUAUCUUCUCUUCCCGCAAAGCUACAGAUCCUAGUUGCAGGACUCUCUGCAGGUUUCAUUAAACUCCAUCCUUACCAGAACUGGCCGUGAGAGAAGCAAGCCACUGGGGAAGCCAGGCGAUCGCCUGCAAUGCUGAUUCCAUCCGGGCGCUGCCCCUCCGUGAACCCUAGCCAGGGGCCCCGGCCACAGAGCCUGUCUGCGGCAGAGCAGACUCCUGCGCUCGGCCCAGGGGGACGUCCAGCCAGUGUGUCCUGCCAAAGAGCCUCUGUCAUAUUAGAAUCUCCCUUUGGUCUUUCUGGUUUCAAUCAUGGAUUUCUCUCUCUGGCCUCCCCCACGCAACCCUCCCCACACCCCAGCGCAGGCUCGAGCAGGCAGAGCUGCAUUAGCGCCGCUGGCUGGGAGAAGGGGCUGUGGACCCCUCCCCGUCUGGCCAGUUCACUGCACCCAGCUCUCCAGUCCCGGGGCCGUAGGCCUGAAGGGGGUUGCAGUGCACAUGGAUUGACGGGACCAUCUGAAAUCCCAGCUGAGAGGAAGGUGUAAAUUUUAUCCAUUAAGAAAAAUACUAGCCUGAACAAAUUUUGAACUUGUAGAAAAUUUCUCUUAUUUAUGGUCCUGGGCAUAUUUCCCUUUUAAAGCAAGUGUGGAUUCUUAGCAACUAGAUUUCUCCCAUUAUCUCUUUUACUUGGAAAUCUACCAGUUUGAUGAUCAUUUGCAGCUUUUGGAAGCCACAUCACCGGCCCAGUCUGACACACUCCGUUAGGUUUCCACUAACAUUGGGCUUUCAGCAAAUGUGUGGCCUUUCUGUAGACGCCCUCCCAGCCUCUGUCCCUGGAGCGUCCAGGCUCCAUUUCCCAGAAGCAGGCCCCCGUCACCGUGUUCUCAUGGGACUCUGCAGGUAGGAGCCGGGCUGAGGUUCAGACUCCGGGGAGACCAGAGAGCCAAGCACACUGGCGGGUGCUGUUCAGCGCCCGCCUCUCCCCCUUGCUGCUUGUCACUUCUUGUCACAGGGGAGUGCAGCUGCCGUGGGGACUUGCUGAGCAGGCCAAAGUGUUCUUGGCUGGGAACACUUGGGGAGGGUUUGCUUUCACGCUGGAAGGCAGGGCUAGAGCCACAGGUGGAAGAGGAAGGCUGAUUUUAGCCCAGGGUAGGGGAAUGUGUGCUAGUGCCAAAGCCGCCCAGCAGGCCUGGGCCGCCACGCUCCAGGGACCUCAGCGUCCUUAACAAGCGGUCUCUGUCCAGUGGGAGGUGAACAUCUCAGCCACUCCACCGCAGGACUCCUCAUGACUGGGCCUGGCUAGUGACGGCUUUGUAUCGUUAGCGUCUGAGGUGUCCUGUGGCUCCUGGAUGUGGCCUAACAGUUCUUUAAAAGGACAGCGACCCUCCCCGCCUGCCCGCUGUGCAGUUGGGCAGCAGCAGUGGCUCAACCCCUUGUCUUGGAGAGGAAAAAAUUACCUGAAUGAGAAGUCUCUUUUUUUCUUCCAACAAACAGAUUAGCAUUCUUGAUCUCUGGAAAGGUUCGUGAUUACUAGAACAGAGGUUUUUAAUCAACUUAUUUGUCUUAGUGAUCCAAUUUUUACUAAUUUCCCAGUUUCUUAUUUCAGCAAAAUGCCUUUCUCCUAGCACAGUGCAAUCAGGGCCUUGGCCGUUUCCGGUGCUGACUUUCCUGGGGAGGGAGGCUAAGAAAAGCCGCGUCCUGGGGACACUCUCCUCCGGGCAUGUCUCCGCCUCCCUCCAGCGCCCUCCCGCUCUCCCACCUGCCAUCUCCUCCCUGGGCCUCUCACUGCCCACACACACACACACACACACACACACACACACACACACACACACACGUGGAACUGAAAUUUGCAUUUGAACACUGCUUUUGUCCUAUGUGCAGGAUCACCUCACUCCUUGCACUGAAUUUUAAAAAGCGUAAAUUAGAGCUGUUAUAUGUUUUCCUCACAAAAAUCAACCAAGCUCCUAACAGAAAUAGUUUGCUGUUUUACUUACUGGAAAAGGACAUCGCGCCUCUUGCCGCCAUGCAAGGGCCAUUUAACACAGUCAGUCCUGCCCACCCUCACAGCGACUUGCAGUUGUCUCCAUAGAAAAGGGACAGCUUAAGAAACACAGGACUGAAAAACAAAAACAAAAGAAACCUUGCAGAGGGCCCCUACAGGGAGGCAGUUCAGUGGGAGGGAGGCUUGCUCCUGCCCUCCCCUGCAUGGGGACCCGCCCUCGGGGAGCUCCAGCGCGACUGACGCUCUCAGAACUGCCCCGCUGUCCCUUUGCCCAGCCCCUCUGGCCCAGGUUCUUUGGGGUUUGUUUUUCCUUCGUUUCCGUGAGCAUUGUCAUCUACUUAUUCUCAAGGCGUUUAGCUUUCACCACUCCUCCCUUUAAAAAGAGUGGCCUUGCAAAGGCAUUCUUAAAAAUGACAGACAACAGCUUAAUGAAUUUUCAUCAAGUUUGCAGCAGACAGAGAAAUCCAGAGAUCACUAGCACCUUUCUAAACCACCGUCUUUUUUUCUCAUUAAUGUAGCCAUUUUAGAGUUUGAAUAUCAACUUUCUAAUAAGGAAAAACACGUAAAUGUGAGCCAUAAAAAGAAACAUGAUUUUUCUUAAAAUAGGCUGAAUAAUCUAGGUCAACCUGGCAGGUGACCACCAUUUGAUCUUUGUCAUAUAAAACAUAUUUAAUGUGGCUUGGAUGGGAAAAUAGAUGCCUCACCAGUACAACUCGUGGAUGGCAUGGAGUCAGAGAGCUUAUGGCCGGGGUGACGGGUUCUGGAUCGAAAAAGGUCAGGGAGACUAGAAUAAAAUCUGUACCUUACAAACUCACCAGGAAGAAACAUAAAGCCCUACCUUUGAACUAAGAAGAAAAACUACGCAAGUACAAGGUGAGGGAGAUGUAAGAAUUACAGGUGACUAAGCUCAAUGUGAGUCCAAAAAUGGGAUGGAACCGCCAACAAACAAACAAAACCCACAAACAGGCCACGUAAGGAGAAAACAUUGGCAAGAGUCACACCACAUGUUGUCUGUGAUUGUCGGAACCACGCUCUAAGCAUGUUGGUCCCGUGUGACGCUCAGAUGAGAGCGCCCGGUCCGGGUGGAGGGUGCAGACCGCCGGAAACGGCGGGAGGACCUGAGAAAGCGCAGGCUGGAGAAGAGACAGGGCACGGUGGCAGCUGUGCCAGGACCGGGAGGGGGAGCUAAGGGAGGCAGGUUUCGGCUCUUGCAGAAUAACCAACUUUCUAUAAGUUGGAGCCUUCUGAAGGUAGAGGGACUCUGUGCCAGGUGGUGAUUGAACCAUCACUGCAGGUGGCAGCAGAGACCGAAUGGCCCUUUGUCAGGGGCGCUGGGAGGGGAUUCCAGCAUCUGUUUAGCGUCCUUUGCAACGCGGGGCUUUCGUGAUUCUGUAAGUAGAAGAGUUGAGCCUCAUUCAUCUGGUCUGGGAUGGAGCAAGGACACAGCACACACUUCCCAUUUCUGACUUUCGCCACCGUGUCAGCCAUUGUGAAGCCCUUGUGGUACCCUCUCCUGAGCCGAAUGCGGCCUCAGGUGUCAGAGACCCACUAGUGACGUGGUCAGAGCUGCCCUGCCUGGCCCUGCUUUGAGAAAUAAACGUCAGGACGCUGAGUUGCCUGCCCGAGUCCCAGCUUCGACAGCCCAGGACCCCUUACGCACCCUGUCCUCUCUCAGCUCAUCUUGCUGUCCCGAACCUUUCCCAGAACAAAAUGAUUCUCUCCACCCUGAACCAUGCCCAUUCCUGGUCCCAUUCAGUGUGUGACGAUGGGAGAUGUCCGUAGUGCUGGGGGAAAGCGGCCACAAGAGGGAGGAAACUUGCAGCCACCUGUCUGAGCAGCUCCAGACGCCGAGCCCGGCCGGGUGGGAGGGCAGCACCCCCUCCCGCCUGCCCCCGCCCCUGCCCCAUUCGGCCGACAGAAGGAUAUACUUUGUUAUAACUUAUUAUGUUGUUCUUUGUAAAUACAAGAUGUUUAUAGGAAAUAUGUAUUCUGAAUUCUAUCAGCAGAAUGAGUCACAACACCAAAAUAGUUCUAUUAUUUAGAGUAUGUUAAUUUUAAGGGGAUCUAAUAGGUAUUUAUUUGCAUAUGCGAUCCACAUUUGUGUGAAAUGAUUUGAUCAUACUAACCCAGCUUCCCGAAACAUCACCGCACAAUAACGUCGCAUUAACUGAGUCCGUAGCUGCGAUUGUUUAGUACAUACUGCUUCGUCCAACGCCUUGGUGUUUAAGAGCGAAUAUAAAUUCCUCUGCUUUUCGACUCACUUAGGGGCUUUCACCCCUGGCAUCGUGCCUGAACCAGAAUACCACUUUUCCAUCUUAAAUAUUACAUUUCCUCAUAUAAUCUGCCUUCUCCUCAUCCCCAAACAUUUGGAGACGGGAAUUUGAGGGUCUGUUAUACCCCAUCUUUGGAAUGGCGGGCGGCAGCUGCUCAGGAGGCGUGCUGGUGCCUGGGGACCCGGCAGGGUCAGGGAGGGGCUUCCAGGAUGUGGUGGCUUUCACUGCGCUGACGCCUCCUCAGUCCCCGCUGGGGACUGCUGGGGCCAGGGCCCAGGACUGGCCUGUGAACUGCACAGCCGAGAGCAAGGACCCCACUAAAUACUCUGUCAACUCCACGUCGCCGUGUAGUGUUAAGUUAUUAUGUAAGCAGGUGAAGGGUAGAAGGUGAAUCAUAUGAGUAAAUGCAGUCUGUUUUCUCAUCAGCAAAAAUGACAACUAUUUUUGUGUGUGACUAAUUUAUUUUUAUUAUUGUAAAAAUACAAUAAAGCGGUUGAACUAUC